AUGUCGUCGGAGAUGGUUCCAGGAAGAGAGAGGACAUUGUCAGAAUUUCGCGAGGAAAACGGGGUUGUCAAGGGUUUUGAGGAUGCUCGGAAUAAUGAUAGCGCCCGUGUUUCCUCUAGUGAACGCCGUCUCCCCUCUGACACAAAUAGCAACGCAAGCCGACGUGGACAUAUCGCCGUGACUCAGAAUCUGAACGCCAGAAUUUGCCUCGACUCAUUCCACACCACAUUGAUAUCCGCCCAUCAGCUCUCCGCCGUCUCCAUCAACCUCGUCGAGGUUUCCCGCUGCCUCCUUCUCGCCCAUGAGAAUACCGAUACUGAGCUUCUCGAGCGCAAGAUGCUCGAAUUGCUGCCUCCAGAACACAACGAUGAUCUUGGCGACAUUGACUUCACCAACUGUGUUUCUAUUCAUUUAAGGGAUUUUAGACGCAUUGUUCAUCAAGAGCUCUCUGUGUCCUACCGAGAUCGAGUUUGCAUUACCACAUCGGAGUCUCAAAUCAAGCUAUCCGUCGGCGACAAAAAGACCAUUCUUACUCGAGAGAGAGGAGAAUAUGUGAAUAUCAAUCCUCAAGAAGGAGUCGAGACUCGAUUUGAAUUCAGUAUCCAUCCCACUUCGUUUUUCAAUAAUCUGACUGAUAAAUCCAGAAGGGUUUGGUUCUUGAAGACUACUAAUUCCUUCAGUAUAAUUUGCGUUCCUUUUGCAUGUUGUGGUUGCUAUUUGAUGUAUUUUCCCCCAUGUUCUUGAACAGUGUUGAUAUUGUUUGAAUGUUUUCUUCUGAUUCGUUGAUAUCAAAGGGAUUGCAAAUAUAUGGUGU